AUGGCUUGGAAAUACGUGCGAGAGAAGACAGCGGCGAUCUUUGCCGAUCAGGCUAGAACAGGAACAAGCAAGGAUCCACCUCCGCGCUUUACAACUGCCAUGACAACAUACGCACGAAAGAAGUUAUCACCACACAUCAUGCGCUUCCAACUUCUCGUCUCGUCACUCCUGGCUUGGACCGCAGCAGCAGCACCUCUACAAGCUCGCGACAUCAUCACCGCCCAGACACUCAUCUCCGAUAUCAAAGGCAUCGACGACGGCGUCAACGCCUUGACCGUAUCCAUCGAGGCCUACGACGGCGGCCUCAUCAAAGAAUUUCCCAUCGGCGCCGACAUUACGGCCAUCCAUAUCGCCAACCGCAAAGGCUUCCUCGACGCCAACCUCCGAGCUACGCCAUUCAAUGCCGCCGACUCGACUGCCAUUGUAGAAUACACCGCCUCCAGUGUUGGUGUGGAUAUUCCGGCUUCCGUCGAUGUCCUCAAGGCUAAAUACGACGUUUUCGAGAACCAGAAGGUUGUCAUUCUUGCUGGAUUGAAGCUGCUUAAAAACGAUCAUGAUACCUUCUCGGCUGCUUUGGUUGCGAAGAUCACGGCGGAUAAGGAAAACGGUGUUGCUGCUGUUGCUGUGAUUGACGACGCGCUACAGAGUGCAAUUGACCUUUACUCAUCAUGA